AACGGACCAAGCCGGGAGGCGCGGCGCGGCGCGGCGGGGGCGGAGGCGCGGGCGCGGGAACCCGAGCCCCCUGCGCGUCCCAAGUUCCCAGAGCGGCGCCGAAGAGAGGAGAGGCGACGAGAGAAGAGAGGAGCGAGCCAGCGAGCGGAGCGGAUCCCCGGCCCCUCGGGCUGAGCCCGGCGCGGCCAUGAGGAGGCUCCCGCGGCGGGACGGGGCUGGGCCCCCGCGGGAGAGCCUUCGGAACGGCUACGUGCGCAGCUCGGCGAGUCCGCUCCGCGAGGACCCUCCGCGCGGCUUCUUGUACCAUGUCUGCCGCCUGUGCAACGUGGAGCUGCUGCUGCCCCGCGCCUCCUCCUCCUCCUCCUCUUCCUCCUCCUCCUCCGCCUCCUUUGCUUCGCCGCCACCCGGCCCCGCGCAGCGCCGCGCCCCCGACGGUGCCCUGGCCAGCUCCGCGCUUGGCGCCCUCGCCGGCUUGGUGCUCGCCCGGCUCCUGUGGCCCGAGGGCUGCGCCCGCCUCGACCGCCCGCUGGGGCUCCUGCUCCGCGGGCUCUCUCACGUCCUGUGCCCGCUCUUCAGCCUCGCCUGUGCCUUCUUCUUCUUCACCUGCUUCCUGACCCGGCCGCGCCGACGCCGCCUCCGCCUCCGCCGAGGCGCUCGCCGAGCUUGGGGGCUUCUGGCGCUGCCCGCCUGCUGCUACAUGGGGGACCUGGUGCUGGCGCUGUGGGGCCCCGGGCCCGAGGGGCAACUCGCGGUGCUGGGCAGGCUGCUGCUGGUGCUGAGCUGCGUCGGGGUCCUGAGCCUGCUGCAGCCCGUGCAGCCCACGCGCAGCGUCCUGCUGCUGCUGCUCUUCUCCGGUGUAGUCUGGUGGGUGUCCGUGGCCAGCCUCAGCGUCCUGCCCGCAGCCUUCCGGCCCCUGCUCUCCUGGUUCGCCGGGGGCGUUGGCACCGGGCUGGCCCUGGGGCUCGAUCGCUUCUUCCCGGUCGGGGAAGCUCCCUCGCCGCCUCGGCUGAGCGGGGAGGGCAAAGUGCCUGUCAUCAGACCCAGGAGAAGAUCCAGCUGUGUGCCCAUAGGCGAGACUCCCACCAGCUUCGGGAGCCAAACGUCCCGGAGACCUUCGUUGCCUUGUAUUUCCAGAGAACAGAUGAUUCUUUGGGAUUGGGACUUGAAGCAGUGGUCUAAACCUCAUUAUCAGAAUGCUUCACGAGGAACUGAUGUUGAUCUUUCAAUGCUAAACGAGGCUCGCCAAAUGGUGACAGAGCUAAUGAUGGAUCCAACCCUCCCUCCACAUGUGAUUACUUCUCUUCGAAGCAUGGAUAGUUUGAUGGGUGCUUUCUCCAAAUCAUGUAGGCCAAAUAUCAACACAUUCCCACUGUUUUCUGGGUUUAAUCCUUGCUGUGAAAUAGAGGACCCAGAUGAAAAAGACACAAAAUCUAACAAGACCCCAAGUAAUAGAAAUAAUUUGCUGAUGCUACAAGUAAGGAGAAACUCAAGAACCUCAGGUCUCCCUCUGCCACCCCCUGAACAGUCUCCUUCACGCUGGGAGUACAGUACCAGAAGGCGCACUCUCCCUCUUCGACAGCAAAGUAUUUCGAGCCUAGAAUCUCCAGAGUCAAAUGUCUUUACAUUCCCCAAGCAAAGGUCAUCUUCGGUAACCUUGACUGAUUAUAGGAGUCCUCUGAGAUCUGGUGCUUCACCCAACCUGAAUUCUGUGAGUUCACCUAGCCAUGAACCGAUGUCCACUGGCUCGCUAGUUAACCGGUCACCCAUUGGAUUUCCUGACACUGCUGAUUUUCUUACUAAGCCAAGUGUUACUUUACACAAAUCCCUGGGGAAUACACUUAGUAUUCCAGAUUUGCCUCAGCAAUUUAGAACUUCUGGUAGCCAUAUAUGUAACAGUUGUGGACGUGAGGUACUGAAGCAUGUUUCAAUACAUGAAUCUGAAUAUGAUACAGAUGACCAGGGUGGAAAACCAGUUGAAGAGGGAAAUACUGAUAUUAUGCACGAACCAAUCAGAGAGUCCGGGGAGGAGCCAGAUCAGGAGCCAGACAAGAGACUUGACAGAGAACUGAAGGAGGAGGAGGAAGAAGAGAAGGAGGAGGGAGGAAAAGUGAUAGAAGAGGGCUCAGAAGAGGCCCAGUGUGAGCCCUCUGAUGAAGCAAGAGAGGACUUAACUAAUGACCUGGUUAGGUGGUAUAACCAGAAGGCCUUGGAGAAGGGCGAAGAAGAAAAGGAAGAGGAGAAAGAAGAGCUGUCAUCAGGGGCACAACAGAAUAAAAAUUCAAAGUGUCCUUAUGAAAAUGCUGAGAUAGAUGAGGAGUGCUUACUGGAACUUAUAUUAAGAGAAGAUCAUGAAGCACUAAUAGAGAAGAUGAACAACUGGAAUUUCCCCAUUUUUGAAGUCAUGGACACAAUGGGAGGAAGAUCAGGAAGGAUCCUGAGCCAGACUAUGUAUACCUUGUUUCAAGACACUGGUUUGAUGGAAAUGUUCAAAAUCCCUGUUCCAGAAUUUGUGAGCUACUUCCAUGCAUUAGAAAAUGGCUACCGGGACAUUCCUUAUCACAAUCGUGUCCAUGCCACAGAUGUCCUGCAUGCAGUUUGGUACCUGACAACUCGGCCGAUUCCUGGAUUUAAACAGAUCCGCCAGGAUCUUGUGAAGGUGAUUCGCACAGAAUAUAGUAGUGGAUUCUCUCCUAUCCGCAUUUCAUACACUUCCUCCAAGAGUUGCCCAAUGACGGAUCCAAACUAUGGCUGUGUGGCACUGAACAUCCCUGCCUUGGAGCUGAUGGCUCUUUAUGUGGCAGCCGCUAUGCAUGACUAUGAUCACCCUGGGAGGACAAAUGCGUUUUUGGUGGCUACCAGUGAUCCUCAGGCCGUGUUGUAUAAUGACCGCUCUGUCCUGGAAAAUCAUCACGCUGCCGCUGCUUGGAACCUGUUUCUUUCUCGCCCUGACUUCAACUUUCUCAGUAACCUUAAUCAACCAGAGUUCAAGCACUUUCGUUACUUAGUGAUUGAAGCCAUUUUGGCUACAGAUCUCAAAAAGCAUUUUGAUUUCCUUGCUGAUUUUAAUACUAAGGCCAAUGAUGUGAACAGUCCUGGCAUACAGUGGAACAGUGAAGAUGACCGGCUCCUCGUGUGCCAGGUGUGCAUUAAGUUGGCAGAUAUAAAUGGGCCAGCGAAAGCACAAGACCUGCACGUGAGGUGGACUGAAGGCAUCGUCAGUGAGUUUUAUGACCAGGGAGAUGAAGAGGCCAGCCUUGGGCUGCCCAUCAGUCCCUUCAUGGAUCGCCACUGUCCACAGCUUGCAAAGCUGCAGGAAUCUUUUAUCUCUCACAUAGUGGGGCCCCUGUGUAAUUCCUACAAUGCAGCAGGUUUGCUUCCUGGUCUGUGGAUCGAGGAAGAGUGUGAAGAUGCUGCAAGUGAGGAAUUUUGUGAAGAAUUGCAGUCUGAAGAAGAUAGAGCUCACGCUGCUGCUACUAUGACUCCUGGGGCUUCUCUGUCCAGUGCCAGGCCAAAACUACAACGGAAAAAAAAGGUCAAGUACCGCAAGUUUUGCCAGCUAACGCAGCAUCUGAAUGAAAAUCACCAGCUUUGGAAGAGGCUGGUUGAGAGAGGAAAUGAGGACUCUGCUGCAGACGUCCAGCCAGAUGUAGAGGCCCACAGUCCACUUCCAUCUCCAACCAAAGAACUCUAAGUCAUGGAGGAAGCAGGUGAGGAAGAAAUGCUGCUGCCACUGCUAGCACCACCAUCUUCCCAUUCAUCAUUGCCAUCAUUGCCAUCACCUCCACUACGCUGAGAGAGAGGAAGGGAGGCUCCGUUGUUACCUUCCUUUGGGAGAACAGGUGAAGGAGCUUUGCUUGAAGAGGCCCGGCCUCCAUUUCUUCACUGUGCUGACUUCAGACCGACCCAUCUCCAGGGAGGUGGGCAGGCCUUCAUACUGUGAUAGGAUCCUCACUGCCCCAGCCAUGUCCCCGUGCCCGUGCACUUAACCAUGUGGAACAGAAAGCUGGGUUCAAGCCUUCUAAAUCCCAUGAUUGCAAAGUCUCGGAAAGCUCUGCUUUGUGGACAGAUCUUUUGGCUCUGAAGCCAGAGCUCACCCUUUGCAUGCAGUCCCUGCAAGUUGAGAAAGAACUCUUCAGUUGCCAAGGAAGCAGGACUUUUGGUUUGUGUGAGACUGGGAUUCACUUUUUUCUGUUCCUGCAUCCUGUCUAAUGACGAAGAUGGUAUUUGCAGUACAGCCAGUGGAAGGGUCUCCGUGGUGUGUUCAUUGCCACCCUCCCACCUCAAUUUGUCCACUUGGGAGCUGUGACAUCUAUAUUAUAUUCUGAUUUUUAAGAAUGAUUCAGAUGGAUCAAGGUGCAUCGAUUUACGAUGCCUUUGACUGUCAUGCAUCAUUGUUGCGGUUUUACUGAAAUGAUUCAGGUUUGCAGUGAGCAUCAAAUUUUGUCUGUUUUUAAUUUAAGCUUUGAUGCUCUGUGGUAGAAUUUUUUAAUCUUUAAAGAGAUUUUUUUUACUCAGUACUGCUACAUUUUUCCACUCUUACUCAGGAUGAUAUUUUUAAAGAGUAUUCCACUAAACCCAUCAAACUCCCAUCCCAUCCCACUGUUGAGCCUGAGCUUGAACCUUAUUGGUGUUAUUCCUUCCACAUAUACAUAUUUUGAGACAGAUGAAAGCCAGAAAAGGGAAACUAUCUUCCUCAUUCUUGUUAUUGAAUCCCCUCUGAUUCUUACUGCAGAAUUUAAUGCAAACCACUCCUACAAAGAGGUCAGGAACAGCCAAAAGAAAGAUACUGUUUGUGUGCUUGCCUGCAAAUAAAUACAGAAUUGAACAGUCACCUUCAGAGUAAGAAUGCUUCUGGUCAGUGCACUUGGAAGUAUACCAUGUGACACUUCUGCACCCACCACCUUUGGAUCUGUUUCCCUCUGCCCCAGGUGUAUUCUGGGCAGCUUAUGAAAAGGUUCAACUUAAAAUGACUACUGUAUACUUAUUCCUAUUGCCCAGUUGUUGGUUUAGUUUCAGGAUGGCCAUAUACACCCUGACUUGACUAUAUUUCUCUUACUACCUAAAAUGAUUUUUACCAACCAUCUUACUUCCUCAAACUUCUUGGAUAACAGUGUCAAAGAUGGUUGCAAAACACAUGUAUGUGCAGCUUUUCUACAGUACGUGUAAGCUAGGAUGGUUCCAAGUGUGUGACUUUGUGGGAGAAAAGCACACAGCUCAUUUUGAGUGUGCAGAGAAAGCACUGAAAGCAGCUGUCUGUGAAAUGACUCCUCGAGCUCAGUCCAGACUAAGCCAUCAGACUGUGCUGGUGGACUCUGGGUGUCUCUUGGCAGGUGUUCUGUUUGCAAGGCCCGAUGUGACUCAGAGAUGUAACCCCCAACUGCAGAGCAGUCGCUCCCAAAGGACCCCUGGCCAUCUGACUGGAAUAUGGCUUGAAGUUUGCAAAAGACACUUGGGGGGUGUUGUUAUAUGAGGCUCCUGCUGCCAACCCAGCGACUUUGUUUGUAAUGCUCAGUGUUUCUACCCCCUGUCUCACAAUCCCCAAGGGGAGUUGUCCAUUUAGACAUUCACCCCAUAGUCUGCUGGGUUUGCCAGGAGCCAGCCUCACAGAAGCACCAUUGCUGGGAGUUCUGCAUGGCAGGCACACCUAUCUGCCAGGGACAAAGCAGGCACUCAUGGGGCCCUUUUUGGUUAAGAUUUUAAAGGGGAGGCAGGGAGGAUUUAAUGUACAGCUUUCAUUUAGCUUCUCAAUAGAAGCGUGUUAUUCUUUUUUAUUCUUUUAGAAUAUUCAGUUACUGGAAUUUAUUUAAAAAUAAUGGAGUAAUUUGACAAUUGGCUGUUGAUUUUUCAACAUUAGAGCUUUUCAACUUUUUGUUCCUUGAUUAUGGCUUAUAAACAGCUGACUUCAGCCCAAAGAAACUCUGCAGAGUAUUUAUGUCCAGUUUGUUACUUCCAUAAUCAUAAGGAACUGGUAUGGUAUAUUAAAUAUUUUUAAGCCACCAAUUGUCCCCAAGUGUAACUUUAUUUUCUGCUACGGGAGGGGGUGUGUGUUCCCUAUAGAGGUCCCCUUGGGUACCUUUCUCAAAGGGUCUUGGUUCCCUGCUCCUCCAAGAAGUCUAGCAUUACUUGGUGAAUCACCAUAGCCACCCCAAGCUCAUACAGGGGAAUUAAUAAAUACAAAAUGAGAAUCAUAGAAGCUGACGGAAACCUUUGACUUAGUCUGGUCCAAACGUCAUGCAGCAUGAAUCCCUUCUACACACAGUGAUUUGUCUCCUGCUAUGUGUAGACCAGAUUGCCUGCUAUCUGCCUAACAAGAACUGAUUCUGAAAUGGAGACUACCCUGGCCAGACCAGGGCAAAUGACUGCUCGAGCCCCACUUCUCCCUUCAGUUUUCUUGGAUCACAGACUGAACUCAGUCUCUCAGGUACUUAAAACAAUGACCCUCAUGUGGAAGCAACAAUUUCCAUGCUGUUGAGUCCAUACUUUGCCCAUGAAUGGAGAUUCUGACCUGAACUCCAACGGGCAGCACAGAGAAGACCUUUCUCAUUUUGAACAGUGGAGACUUCUCAUUCGGCUAAAACCGCAUGUAUUUUUAGCAGGUGGAACACACUUUCUGUUCACA